UAUUCCAUUCUAUUUACUAUUCAGUGGAUUUAUCAUGGCAUGCUUUUGAUACAUUGCCAUGUUGACUAAUCCCAACGAACCACUCCUUCUCUCUCCUCUCCCUGCUGUACCCCGUAACACUUGGUUAGGAGACAUUGUGGUACUCAUUUUUCUUUAGUUGGUGUCUCCCUGGCUGUUUCUAACCGAAGCAUAAGUUACAGACACACCCUAUUCCCUCUUUCUCUCUCUGAGGAUUACUUGCAUAACACUACUACUAAAGCACUCAGCUUACAGCUUCUCAUCUUCAUCUAUGCUCCUGCUAGCCCACUCUAUCUCUCUACCUUCACUUUCGUUACUCAUGCUGUUUCACAUCAUUUCUUCAAUUUCUACACUACACCUACUUCUAAACCAUGCAGCCUUUUCAAUUCUAAAGCUUUUUCUGCUUCCUAAGAUUAAAUCAGUUGCACCAAUAAUACAGCAACAGGAACUGCAGAUGAGGCAGAAAAAUCUGAAGCCUGGUGUUAGUCAGUGAGAGUAUUCUGCAUCUGCAAGACUUUUAGACUAUAGUUAACUUCACCUACUCAUCUAUUCUAUUCUAACGGUUGAGACAGAAACUUUCAGAAGUAUACCAUAGAGAGAAACAGGAAAUGUCAAUUUGCAAAACUCUGUAAGCAAUUGGCGGAUAACGGCCAAAACUGGAAUUUGGUUGCUUUUUUUUAUUUUUUUUUAAUAUGUGGAGGGCACCAUCUGCAAUGAAUUGAAGGGCUUUCAGGAUUGUAUAUAAAUAUCAAUGAGGUUGAGAUUUUGAAGUAGAGGUUUUUUCUUGACAAUUUCUACAAAUAAAAAUGAAGUUCAUGAAACUUGGGACAAAGGCAGAUACAUUCUACACUGAACAAGCUACCAGGACUCUGAUAUCAGAGAUAGCUGCAGACCUUGUGAUUCAAAUCAAUGACAUCACGUAUCUGUUACACAAGCUGCAGUUUCCGCUUCUUCCCAAAUGUGGCCUCCUACAAAGGCUUUGCUAUGACAGUAGUGAUUCAGAGAGUGUCUCUCUGGAGCUUCAUGAUAUACCAGGAGGAGAAGAGGCUUUCGAACUGUGUGCCAAGUUUUGUUACGGAAUUGCAAUCAACAUAAGUGCCCAUAACUUUGUAUCCGCUCUCUGUGCUGCCAAGUUCCUUAGAAUGAACGAUUCCAUUGAGAAGGGAAACUUUGUUGGAAAACUUGAGUCUUUCUUCAAUUCAUGCAUACUUGAAGGUUGGAAAGAUUCCAUUGCAACGCUUCAAACUACUGCUACGUUACCAGAGUGGUCUGAGAAUCUUGGUAUUGUCAGAAAGUGCAUUGAUUCAAUUAUUGAGAAAAUUCUCACACCACCACCACAGGUCAAAUGGUCCUACACCUACACCAGGCCAGGCUACACAAAAAAACAGCACCAUUCUGUGCCAAAAGAUUGGUGGACGGAGGAUGUUUCUGAUCUUGACAUAGAUCUUUUCAGGUGCAUAAUAAUGGCUAUUAGAUCAACAUAUGUCCUCCCUCCACAGCUUAUUGGAGAAGCUUUGCAUGUCUAUGCCUGCCGGUGGCUACCGGGAAUCCCAAAGCUUAAAAGUUCUGGCAGUUCAGUGUCUCAAACAGAAGAAUCUAAACAGAAAAACAGAAAAAUUCUUGAAACAAUUGUUAGCAUGAUUCCUGCAGAUAGAGGGUCUGUGUCGGUUGGCUUCUUGUUUAGGCUUCUCAGCAUUUCAAUUCACCUUGGUGUUUCCUCGGUGACCAAAACAGAACUCAUAAGGAGAGCCAGUCUGCAGUUUGAGGAGGCAACAGUGAGUGACUUGCUUUACCCUUCAACAUCCUCUUCUGACCAGAACUAUUAUGAUACAGAGUUAGUUCUAGCAGUGUUGGAAACUUUCUUGAAGCUUUGGAAAAGAAUGUCUCCAGGUGCUGUGGAUAGCAGCUACUUUUUGAGAUCAAUUAGAAAUGUCGGCAAGCUCAUUGAUUCCUAUCUUCAAGUGGUAGCAAGGGAUGAUAACAUGCAAGUUUCAAAAUUUGUGUCUCUUGCUGAAACUGUGCCCAGUAUUGCUCGAGAAGACCAUGAUGAUCUGUACCAGGCAAUCAACAUCUACCUUAAGAUGCAUCCUGAACUGAGCAAAGCAGACAAGAAGCGGUUGUGUGGGAUUCUAGACUGUCAAAGAUUGUCCCCAGAAGUGCGUGGACAUGCAGUAAAAAACGAGCUUCUGCCAUUAAGAACAGUAGUGCAGCUGCUCUACUUUGAACAAGACAAAGGGUCUAAGGCAACCUCCAGUCACAAACUGCCAAAGCCACAUGAGAUACUUCUGGGAGCAAAAGAUAGAGCAGCUACCACAAGAGACACCCAAAGCAAACAUUCUUUAGGUCCAGCCAAAGAAGAAUUCAACGGGGAAGAAAUUAGAGAAAGGGAUAAGCAGAAAACAAAAAGAUCAGAUGGCAAAUUGGCAUUGAACUUAGAAAAAAAAAUGGUUAUAAGAGGAGACAUUGAAGAGACACAAUCUGAGAAAGGCAGGAUUGUGAGAGAUGAAAGUAGUUCAAGCGGCAAGGUGAACAUGGAUCCUAAAAAAAUGAUAAGAAGGGCAAGAAGUAAAUCAGAACAUGGUGUGAAGAAGUAAGAUUCAGAUCACCAUCACAGCAACAGUAAUAAUAAUCUUAGUAACUUCAAUUCUUAUUAUUUCUUUUUUAACUUCUCAUAAAUGUCAGCAAUGUAUAAAUCCUUUGUACUAUCUCUUUCCCCAAAGAGUUUUAUCUAGGGAAAUUAUUUUUUUACAUCCUUUUGUUUGAUAGAGAGACUCACAGAGAUAAUGUGUAUUAAAAAUAUUUUUUUGUUAAAAUGUCCUUUUUAAACCAAUAAGUCCAUGUUAC